UGUUUACAAUGUCGGAGGAGACAAGUUCGGUGCCAGUGCCAGCCUGGCUGAAGGCAGACCUAUUUGAAAAAUUGUUGAACGAGCGAUUCGGCGAUGGGUAUGUGGGAAUCAAGAGUUUCAAGCCGGUGGCUGGUCUCAAGCCAGGAGAAAACUACUCCACCCUUAUGCUGCGCCUCCACUUUGAAGUUGAACUGAAGGAUCACACCAUCGAAGAUGUGAGCUAUAUGCUAAAGUCGCCGCACGAUUUCGAGUUGUACCGUGAGAUCCUAAAGAAAAACAACAUGUUCGAUGUGGAAAGAGAUGUAUUUUUGCAAGUAAAACCCGAAUUGGAAAAUAUGUACAAGGAUCUGGGCUUGAAUGUCAGAUUCGGGGCCAAGGCUUAUAAAAUCGACGUACCCGAUAAUUACGUUCUGCUGCAGGACCUACGUCCUUUCGGCUUUAAGAACGUCGAUCGCCUGGAGGGUCUGGAUAUGGCCCACACCAAAAGUGUUCUGAAGAAGAUGGCCCAGUGGCAUGCGGCCUCGGCCAACAGGAUCCAUCUCAAGGGUCCUUACACCCAAAACUACUUGCAACCCACUUAUGCCGAUACCAUGAAGGAAAACAUCGAACAGGUGGCGGAAACCUUGGGAAAAUACCUACUCAAGUGCCUUCCACUUUACGAGGGUUAUGAAGAAUAUAGCGAAGCAGUGCACAAAAUCCAGCCAAAGAUCGUGGAUCUCAUGUAUGCCAUGAACCACCCCGAUCCGGAGGAUUUUAAUGCUUUGAAUCACGGAGAUUGCUGGACCAACAACAUUAUGUUCAGGUACGAGGGAGAAUCACCCGAACCAGCCGAAACCUAUUUUGUGGACCUUCAACUGCCCAAGGUGGCCUGUGUGGCCCACGAUCUGAUUUAUUUCCUUCUCGGAUCGACGAAAUUCGAAAUACAACUGAGUCAAUUCGAUUACUUUAUCAAGUACUAUCAUGAACGUUUGGUCGAGCACUUGCGAUUGCUGAAGUACCCUCAAGAGAAGACCCCCUCACUGAGGUUUCUGCACACUCAGCUGUUGAAAUAUGGACGAGUUGGGUAUCACACUGUUCUGAUGCUCUGCCCGCCUGUGCUGCUCGAUCGCACCGAGGAUGCCAAUUUGACCGAUUUCGUCACCGAAACGGAUAAUGGCGAUAGCCUCAAGAUGGCCAUGUACUCCAAUGCCCGCUACAAGAAACAUAUCAGCGCCAUUCUCACCUGGCUUAACAAUAGAGGAGCCCUUCAGUUUUAACUUUGAUAAAUUUAAAGUUCCACAAACACUAGACGCUAACAUAACAAAACAACUCAAAGCAACUUUUAAAAAAGUACAAUUAAAAAUAAUCAUAAUUAAAUAACAAAAA